AUGGUUGUCUGCAGCAACAGGGAUUCUCACCUCUAUACCACUUACUUGCCCAACAGAGACCUUCUAACGGAAAAUGUGUUGUUGUUUCACACCAGCAAGAAGAAUGGAGAAACCAAGCCCAGAAAAGACAUUUAUAAUUUUUGUACAACAACGUGCUGUACAACAACGUGCUGUACAACAACGUGCUGUACAACGUGCUGUACAACAACGUGCUGUACAACAACGUGCUGUACAACAACGUGUUGUACAACAACGUGCUGUACAACAACGUGCUGUACAACGUGCUGUACAACAACGUGCUGUACAACAACGUGCUGUACAACAACGUGCUGUACAACAACGUGCUGUACAAUUACAAUGUGCUGUACAACAAUGUGCUGUACAACAAUGUGCUGUACAACAACGUGCUGUACAAUGUGCUGUACAACAACGUGCUGUACAACAACG